CUUGCUCGAUAUUCACGCUUCGAAAAAAAUGUUCGACGCUUUCCGUCACACGAAACAGAAUUUAGGCCCUCGUUUAAUGUCAAACCUCGUCAAAUGGAAAUGAACGCCAUAGAACGUUUGUUUGAAAGGUGUUUUGUUGUUCAUGGCAAGUGAAAGGAUGCACAUAAUUAAUGCGCUGGUGAGAAUGUGAUUUAAAUUAAUAGAUGCACAAUAUUUCACUUCGAUAAUUUUUUGCUGUGAUCAGAUUUAUGACCGACAGGUUUUCAUAAAUGGUUUCUAUCGUUUAAAAAUCGCAUAGGAAAUCUAAGGAGUUUAUUAAUACUCGAGUUAUGGAGGGAGGGUUAAACCCAAAGAGGCUGUAAUUCAUAAAUCAAAACAGCAAAAACACAGGCAACACUGAAACUGUCGAAGCAUGGACAACGACAAGACGUCUCGACAGAAACCCGCAUUGUCCUACAAGAAUCUUCCACAUGUGAUGAUGAAUUCAUUCCACCGGCUUCGAACAGGCUCACAGCACUUUAUUGAAGCCAUUAUUGCCAUGAUUUCAUCAAUGGUUAACUUCUUCGUCGCAAUUUUCGAGGCAAUAUCCGUCGCUUAUACACAAGUAGGCAUAAUGAUUAUGUCCAUGGUCGACUGGGUUCGACAGAUGUGUUAUUACGACUACAAACAGUCCAUGAUGUGGGUCAUAACUUUACCCAAGCGUUUUUACACAAAAUGUGAAGAGGAAACCAGAAAACAUGUUUGGACACCGAUUUCCCAAGCGUUUUCACGUAAAGUAAAUCGUAUUUCUAGAGCUUUAAAAGCGAAACUGCGAGACAGCGAAGUAUAUGUGAGGGGCUUUUGCGAACUCUGUCGAAGGCUGUUUCUUCUCACAAGCGAUUACACUCCAGGCGGAAAGUACACAGUCACAGCGGUCCUCGCGAUCAUCGCCAUAAUUUUCUUUCUCAAAAUUUUGACGGUUAUUCGAUUUUUAUUUCAACUUUUGGAGCUCACUUAUAGUAUUGCUGCAUUCCUGCUGCACCCGUUGUUGCAAACACUACACGACGUUUUGUUAUUAUGUGACCCUUUACUUCAGAUUGUCACCUCCCUCCUGCGUAUCAUUAUCUACGCAGUCUUUACUAUCUUCAGAGCAGUCGGAAUUUUUAUCUGGCUAAACCUUGUCUCCAUUGCAUCAGGUCUGUACAGGUGUUGGCAGAUCUUUAUUAAUUCUACAGUAGUAAAACUGUUAUGGAGUUUAUUUACAAAAAUGCUUUACGCAUUUUUGGAGUAUUUCAUUUUCGUAAUUGUGCCCAUUUUGUCGAAGGCAACAUACUACUUUGCGGAAUUUUCGUUCGACAUAUCUUCAGUUGGUUACACAUGGUGUUAUCCAUGGCUUAUUCGCGGCUAUAUGGAAGAGCAAGUAAAAGGCGAACAAAUUUAUUUUUUCACCCCAACUGGAGUUGGAAGCAGUAUGUUUAUUUUCCUGGCAUUUCUGAUAGCCUAUAGAUAUCGCAAUCGGCUCACUGGAACAUUUUUCUCAGAAAUUGAUGGGAAGCAAUGUGUCAUACGAUCAUUAGCUGCAUCGAAAGAGGAUCGGAACAAAAGGGAUAAUCAACGGGAAAGAAGGUCUACCUCUCGGAAUACGACAAGUUACGAAGGCUCACGAAGAAAGAUGACGAACGACGAAAUGAGCCUUCGUAAUCGUGGGAAAGCGAAAAAGGAUGACUCUACGGAGCAUACAUCUGAGAAUGUAACUGAAGGUGAGGAAAAUUCAAUUGUAACUAACUUUACUAAGAGACAUCUCUUGGUUUUCUGAGCGCAUAGCUGGGCGAGGGGUGGGGUGGGGGGCGAGGGUGAAGGGAGGGGCUCUUACAGGUGCAUAACUGGAAGAACCUCUUGCAGUAAAAUGUUGGUGUAGGACCGUUGCAAUAGAGAUCUUUGUCUCUCUCCAGAAGUCGGGCUAAUCUGAUGUCAGAGAUAAAAAUCAGUGUUAGUAAAUAAAUGAUAUUGAUCAGUAAAGUCAAAGAUGAAAAUAAGAAUUCCCUGAAAGAUUCCUAUAUAUAUUUUUUCAGGGCACAUUCACCAAAACUCGCAGGCCCACAUCUGUGCCGAUUACAUAACUGGAACAUGUCAACAGAGAAGCAAGUGUGACGGCCACCACUGUCCCCUCCCCUAUCACUGGCAAUAUCGCAUGUCCCUAGAGGGGUGGAGAAGUUUUAGUGAAGAAGACAACAGGAAGAUAGAAGAGUUCUUUUGUGAUCCAGCGAUCGACACCAUUACUUCAACAGAGAUAGACAUAGUAGUCAAAUCUUACAGGGAAACGUAAGUUUAAGUGUACAUGUACGAGGGCCGCAUUAUCCCAAACAAUUUGAUUUCCAUCUUGUGCGUACCAAGCGCUGUACCUUCCUACGUUGGUGAAUUAACUUUGCAAGAAAAAUGGCAUGUCCUUUUUCCACCUAACCUGCUUUGCAAAUAGGGCAAUUUUCAAUUGGGUGUCAAAAUCAAUUCGUGAUUGCAUUUGUUUUGCUCUACUUCGUUCUGAGAUUGAUCCCCAAAACCCGCGCCACUUUCUCAACCGAUCAGAAAACUUAAUCCAAUCGCGCCUUGGCUUCGGCCUCGGCGUUUUCCCACUCAUAGGGUAAUUUGGAUGGUUUUCCUUUUAAGUUCUCAUCGAGUUAUAAUAGGUAUUUUUCUUUCUUCUCAUUGGCCGUUUUGAAUACUUUGGCUUGGUUUUACGAAACUCAAUAUAAAAGUGUUUUAACCCACAGGAUAUGUUGGGGUAGCUACCUGUGGUCUCCCUGGGAGACGUUGUUUGGUCUAGUCACGCAACGCGGAAGAGAUGGCGCUGCGUGAUGGGACCCAACAACGGCUACAAAGGAGACUUAGCUUCCUUCUGCGAUAAUUCAAAACAGUCACAACGAUUUAUCUAUAAUUUAGACAUUCCAGCACAGUCUAACUCAUGUGAUUUACGUGUACCUUUCUUAAUGCAAUAUGUAGAUAUAGAUCGCAAAUCAAAGACACCGUAAAACUCGACUUUGAAAGCAUGAAGGUACAAAAAAUUUAUCAUAGAGCGGACAUGAGAAGACUGACUACAGACUCGUGCAUCAAACAACAAGGCAACAGUCUGGACACUCACUGGCUUUGGUAUAGAAAAGAGGAGAACGGCGACUGGGUCAAAUAUGGAGAAGAGGUAUAGUCCGAAAAAGGAAAAACUUAGCUUCGGUUAUGACAAGAGUCGCCUAACUUAGGUGGUAGCUACAAAUUCACCUUUUGCCAUGUUUGAAUGAGCGAGCCAGGAGGACUGAGUCUAUUACACGAAGUCGAGGUUCACUCAAACACUUCCUAAGAAAAUUACUAGCAAGAACAAAUUUAUUUUUGAAAUUGGUGUCGAACAUAGCGAGGCGAUUAAGUGAAAAUUUAGAGUUGGCCCUUACAUAAAACUUGCGUUAUACCUAUCGGCCCGACACAGCACAAAAUCCCAUGACAAGCACUUAUUUCGACAUUUAAGCUUAUCCAGGUCAUAAUUUCCUUCUAUUUCAGAACGAUUCAGAUGCCAAGCAAGAAGAUCUUGAGACUGCUUUUCUUCGAAAAGACGGAAAUUACAAUUUCACCAGAAAUGGACAGGAAUUUCGUUUACAGUUCUUCAUGAAUCCCAUGUGUGAAAAAUCUUUCAGGCCAUACUCGAAGAAAAUCGUUCGACGUCGGCCAGAAUUCCGAUCCCCUGAUGACAUCCGAAAGCUAACUAAAGGGAAUGAAGUCCCAAAACAUUCCUGGUUUAGUCUAAGGAGGGUAUUUUGGUGGCGUUAGACAGUGCUUUGAAAAUAGCCGGGCGUGUUUACACCAACCAGUGACCCUAAUGCGUUGCUAAGAAACACGAAUCAUCCACACUAGCAACUGGUAAAGUAGACACGAAAAUACAAGAAAUUGAUUUUCUUGAAAAGAUCCUCGACCUUAAAGUAACAUGCCAAAAUUUGAACAGAGGCUCAGGGAAAAACUACCAAAGAACGAAAAUUUCCAGUUUAGAUUAUUUGAUUAAGACACAUUUUGGGAGGUUUUUGGGAAAAUUCUACUCAGUACAGCAAAGUUCCCUCACCAGAUGACGUUGAAAUUUUCUUAUUGAUACUAACUACAGGGAGAAAAUUUUCCUUGACAAACGCUCCUGUCUAGCCAGCACAAUACGCGCCAUUUUUUUUAAUCAUUAUUUUUGUUCAGGCGAGCGGAGGGCGCGUGACACUUGUCAAGAACAACUUGCUGGUGAGAGUACGGUUUUAUCUUUUAGGCAUGUACAGCAACAGUCAAAAACUGUUGAGAAAUGGUGAUUUUGCAACUCACAGAGGACUUUUUAAAUUUUUUCUUCUGUAUUCGAUAAAGAGCUGAAGACAAAUUUAAGUUAGCUUUUUCGGUUGUUA